AUGAUUAAUAUCGAAGAGUGUCCAACUUUAAGACCUACUCAGUAAGAGUUUGAAAACUUCUAUGAAUACAUUGAGAAAAUUGAUAAAUAGUAUUCGGCAGACUUUGGUAUGGUGAAAGUAAUUUCUAACAUUUGAAUAAAUAACAGGUCAUUCCUCCUAAGAACUUUAGAGUUCGUUUACAGGAUUAUAAUGUAUCACUUGAUAAUCUUAUCAUCCAUGGUCCCAUUGAGUAGAAUGUUUAUGGAAAAGGAGGUAACUAUGAAUGUCUUCACAUUCUCAAAAAAUCCAUGCCAUUAAAAGAUUACAGAAAUAAACAAUUAGAGAUUGAUAAAUAACAUGAAAAACUAACAUCUGAUUAAUACGAGAAAUUAUACUGGAAAAGUUUAGCCUUUAGUCCUCCUUUAUAUGGAGCUGAUAUUAAAUUAUCAUUAAUGGAAGUAAAUAAUUCUUGGAAUUUAAAUAAUGUUACCAGUCUUUUAAAUUAUGGAUUAAAGAACCGAAUACCUGGAGUGAAUGAGCCAUACAUUUAUGUUGGUUCUUGGAAAACCUUUUUUGCAUGGCAUAAAGAGGAUCUGGAUUUAUGCAGUGUCAAUUAUCUACAUGUCGGAAAAGAUAAGUAUUAAAAUUUAUUAAAUUAUUGAGAUUUUGGUAUUCAAUUCCUGAAACUGAUAGUCACUUAUUAGAAAAAUAUGCAAAGUAAACCUAUGGAGAUCAUUUCAAUAAAUGUUCAGAAUUUUUAAGACAUAAAACAACAGUAAUAAAUCCUUACUUGUUGAAAGAAAAAGUUCCAGGAAUUCGUAUCUCAAAGAUGGCACAUCAUGAAGGUGAAUUUAUGUUUAUAUUUGCUGGAGCCUAUCAUUAAGGUUUUAAUUGUGGAUUCAAUAUUGCAGAAGCUGUCAAUUUAGCCACUCUAAAUUGGCUACCCUUAUUACUAAAGGCCAAAAUAUGCAAAUGUGUGAAAGAUAAUGUGAAAAUAGAUUUGAUAGCAUUUGCUGAAAAUUUAUAAAAGUCACCUCUAUUUAAGGAUAACGAGAAGGUUUUAGAUUUUGUUGAAAAAGCAAAGGAUAUGUAAAAAAUACUGCACAAACCUAUAAAAAAAGUGAAGAUGUGAU